CGCGUCUCUCUUAUUUGCUGCCAGACAUAUCCAAAUCCGAUCCAUCAGCUAGCGUCCAUGGAUGAAGUGUGGUGCGGCCUGGACCUGCAGCUGCAGGCGGACGGCAUCCACGCUGGCCCUGACCUCCAUGGCCAUGACCAUGACCCCUUCUGGUCAGCUCUGGCAGAGUGCGCUGCCAGCUUCCUCGCCAGCGACGCCGACGACACCGGCGGCCUGGUGGCCUCCGCUGGCGACGUCGUUCACGCCAAGGCGGACGGCAUGGACACGAGCAGCUUCUUCGCCGACAACGACCACCACGGCCUGACCCAGCGCCGAGACGAGCAGCAGCAGCAGCAGCCUGUGCACUCGUCGUCCUCGCUGUCCUCCAAACGCUCGCUCUCCAUCGACAGCGGGGGCUCCUCGUCCUCCACCCUCAUCCCGCCGCUCGACGGCGCCGCCGCUGCCGCCUUCUCGCCGGCGCCCCCGCAGCCGCAGGACCCGUUCGCCGGGGACGACGAGGCCAUCAUGCUGGCCAUGAUGGCCGUCAUCUCCUCCGCGUCGCCUUCGUCCUCCGAGUCCUCGUCGCCGCCGCACCGAGCCGCCGGCGCCGGCGCCGUGCAGCCGCGCGUACACCUGCACGGCGGGGACGACAGCGCCGGCCACGUGACGGUCAGGACCAGCAGCCUCGCCGUGGCGCCCACCAGCGCCGCUGCACGGCAGCAGGACGACGCCUGCAUGGCGGCGGGGAGCAACAACAGCAGCCAGGUGUACCACAUGAUUUCCGAGAGGAAGAGGCGGGAGAAGCUCAAUGACAGCUUCCACACGCUCCGGUCGCUCCUUCCACCCUGUUCCAAGAAGGACAAGACGACGGUGCUGACGAACGCGGCGAGCUACCUCAAGGCGCUGGAGGCGCAGGUGUCGGAGCUGGAGGAGAAGAACGCCAAGCUGGAGAGGCACGUCCCCCGCGACGACGGCGGCGGCGGCACGGCCGCCACGGCGGCGGCGGUGGCGCACCGGAGAGCCAGAGUGCAUGUCGCCAGGGCGGCGCCGGGCGAGCCGCAGGUGAGCGUGACGGUGAUGGUGAUGGUGGAGUGCGACAUCGUCGACCUGGUGCUGCGCGUCCUGGAGUGCCUCCGGUGGAUGGGCGGGGUGGUGAGCGUGCUGUCCGUCGACGCCGACACCUACUCGCCGCAGGCGAUGCUCAAGGCGCUCGCCAACAUCAAGCUGCACAUCGUGGACGGCGACUGCUGGAACGAGGCGCUGUUCCACGAGGCCAUGACGAAGGCCGUGCACGACGCGACCUCGCCUUCCUCCUCGCCCUCCUGCGCCGCCGUGGCCCCCCUCGUGGCCGCAGCCUAAGCUCCUGCAUAUGCAUGCAUGCCGCGGAUCUUCCGCCAAGGGUCGCAUGGCUGUGGGCUGUGAGAGCCGACCGGUUCAGCCGCGCCAUCGAUCGUCAUGCGUGCGUCAGUCGCUUCAGCCUCUCGGCAGCCAUGCGUCGUUGUCGUCGUCGACCAUUGAAACGGUAAAACGUACCGGCGCCGGUGACGGACGAGUUCUUCUGGAAGAAAGACGUACAACGAGCGCGAGGUCGGGACUGCACCGGGGGUUAGAGGAGUUCUAGCAAUUAAUAUAAUUUGUGGUUAGCAAGUAAGAAACCCUGUGUUGCCGCCGUGAUAUGUGACCACGUACGUACGUAGAGAGGUUGCAGAACAUGGAACUGCUGUCUGGUUUUAGGUUUUGUGAUACCGUGUGGGUGUGGCUAGCUAGUGUGGGCAUGCAUGUUGGCACUCCAUCGUCUGUACCAAGUGAGUGUGGAGGAAUUUUGUACAUAGAAAUCAUACAGAGCUCCCAUGAGCAGUUCACAUG